GUCGCACCUCGAGCUCCAGCGCUUAUUGAUUCAUUCGCUGCGGAGCUGACUAUCACUCUCCCUUUUCUGGGUUACUGUACUUUUUGUGAAGCAGACCAGCUUCGUCUCCGUCUGACAGCGCAACUCUGGUUUCUACUCGUGUACCGGUCUUUGAGCAUCACCAAACCACUGCCACGAUGACGGAGGCGGAGGCGUUGGAGAAGAAGCAGCACAAGUCCAGCAACGGGAAUGUUCUACCAGAGGCCCCCAGAGAAGACGUGUUUGAUCACACAUACAAAGAGAAAGAGGGCCCCAAACCUGCCAGGAUAAUCGUAUGGAAAAAUGUCAUAUUGAUGACUUUAUUGCAUAUAGGUGCUGUGUACGCCAUAUUCCUGAUCCCCUCCGCAUCUCCUCUGACCUUGCUUUGGUCUCUACUUUGUUUUUUGAUAAGUGCUUUAGGAAUUACUGCAGGAGCUCAUCGCCUGUGGAGUCACAGAUCCUACAAGGCCUCGUUACCUUUAAGGAUCUUUCUUGGUAUUGCUAACUCCAUGGCAUUUCAGAAUGAUAUCUUUGAAUGGGCUCGAGACCACAGGGUUCACCACAAAUAUUCAGAGACAGAUGCCGACCCUCACAAUGCCGUGCGGGGCUUCUUCUUCGCUCACAUCGGGUGGCUGCUGGUGCGUAAACACCCUGAUGUCAUUGAGAAAGGACGCAAGCUGGAGCUUAGAGACCUGCUGGCUGACAAAGUUGUAAUGUUUCAAAGGAAGUAUUACAAGCCGUCUGUGCUGCUCAUGUGCUUCUUCAUCCCCACGUUUGUGCCUUGGUACCUGUGGGGGGAAUCUCUCUGGGUGGCGUACUUCAUCCCGGCUCUGCUGAGGUACACCUUGGUGCUGAACGCCACCUGGCUGGUCAACAGUGCGGCUCACAUGUGGGGAAACAGACCCUACGACAAGACCAUCAACCCUCGGGAAAACAAGUUUGUCACGUUCAGCGCUAUAGGUGAGGGAUUCCACAAUUAUCACCACUCUUUCCCCUAUGACUAUGCAACCAGCGAGUUUGGCUGCAAGUUGAACCUUACCACUUGUUUCAUCGAUCUCAUGUGCUGCCUGGGCCUGGCGAAGGACCGCAAGAGAGUGGCCCACGAGACGGUCAUGGCCCGAGUACAGCGCACCGGAGACGGAAGCCACCGGAGUGGCUAAGAUUGUUGAAUUGUGGUCAGCUUCAAGAGAAAAAAAAAGAAGCUUUAGAGUCCUUCGACAGCUAUACAUUUCUCAUCCUGCAAGGAUAAAAGUCAGCUUCAUGAGGGCCUUGACCACAUUUUGCUUGUUUUUGUGGUUUUUGUAGCUGUAACUAAACAAAAUUGUUCAAGAUGGAUAACAAACACAUUUUGCUAAGCUCUUGGCCUUGGUUUCUAUUGUUCAGUCAGGCCAAGGUCUUGCAAAAAUGUUUUAGAUUGGAAGUAGAUCCAUUUUAAAAGUCAACUUCAUUCUCUGCUGUUUUGCCACAUUGGUGUGCGUUCUUCAUGCAAAGUCAUGUAGCCGAUCAUUUUUAUCUAAGUAUUACUCAGAAUUAUUAAGCAGAAUAGACAAGAAGAGGGAAUAGGAUUUCAACUGAUAAGGUGACUGUUGCCUUUUUUAAUGCAGUUUACAGCAAGUUUGUGCAGUUCUGAUAAAUUCAUUUUUGAGGCACUCUAAAAUCAGAAAAAAAGGGAUGAGAGUCUGAAUCUGAAUAUUUUGUUGAAAAAAGUUGUUGGCUUUAAUGAAACAUAGCACACAAUGGAAGAAUGAGGGAACCCAGACCAUCUUGUACUACACUGACAACCAGUAUGCCAAAACUGUACGGAAACCAAGUCAUGCAGUGUGUGUGUUGCAGUGUGUAACUUGGUUUUCUUUAAACCAAACAAAAUAUAGAGAUAAGAGAAGUCAAAGGCUUUAGAAAAAGGUCAACACACAAACUGUAUUAAACGUGUGUUGUAAUCAGGCUGAGUUCGUUCAAGACAAUAAAAGAGACGCAUUUAUCAUGAAAUUGAAACUGCCGUUCAUUACUAACAGAAUAUGAUAAAUGUAAUUUUAACUCUGAACCAUUCCAUGUUUAAUUGACCUUUUUGUGUUUUCAGUGAAUAUAUCCUAGUGCCAAGAGUGUGCCACUCGCUGAUAUAUAUUUAUAACAUCUCAAUGGUCCACUACAGCACACCAAGCCUAUAUUGCUUCUUCACUCGACAUCAUUGUGGAAGUUUUUUAACAUUGUGGCAUCAGUGGCUUUGCUUCUUGAGAUUUUAUCCUUCUUUUUGUCCUGAAACAUCUGCGGUAGAGAUCUCAAUGGUUUGAUGUAGCGGCCAGUCGUGUGACAGUUCUGGUGUUACAAAAACAACACGCCACCCAUGCAUGAUGAUUUACUGUAGUAGGUGUCGUAGUGAGGUGUUUCGUCAGUGACUCUAAUGGCAGAACUGUGUCUAAUUUUGUAACGUACCGUGGAGCUGCAUCGCUUUUGGAUCAUCAGAACUGUUGCUGUGGGGAUUUCUGAGACGGGGUCUGGUUUCCCUUCAAUGUGCUACAAAGCAGAUUGUCGUUGCGAAAUUUCAGGUGCUUCAAUGUUUAUGUUUAUCUUCAAUUCUGGUGUGUGGAAUGCUUAUAUUAUCUUAUUUAUGUAUUUAUUUUUUUUCCUUAUGGACUAGAGACAGUUACUCUAACUUGAACCUUUUUUUCCUGCAUUCUGAGAUUUGGCAUACACCUCUCUCUCUCUCUGCAAAAAUUAUAUCAAAUUGGAGCACUUGUUUAUUUUUUCCCCCCAAGAGUCAGGAUAUAACCUAAUGCCUUAUGAAAUGCAUCCAUUCCUGAUCUUCUUCACGUCCUGUCAGUUAAGACAAAAAAGGUUCAAGUUCUACAAAACAAAUCUGACUGAGCUCCAUGUUUACAGGCUGAGGCACCAGGUGGAACAUUGUUUUCAUUCUGAAACCACACAAGCAUUUAAUUUAGGCAAACAGUAGCACGACAACACUGAAGUACUGCAAAUGCAAAUCGCAUAGAGGUUCAUUUUCAAGGAAUCAGAUACAAAAUUGGUGCCUGGUGCAAACACUCCAACGUGAGAUUUCACCUCCAAAAUAUGGGGCCUGAUGGGUGUGCCUGGUCUGAUGUCUAGUUUCAGCCCAUCAUGGCUUCUCAGUAUGAAAACUUGGAAACACAGGCGCUGUUAAAGAAUGAUGAAUCGUACAUAAAGCAUCGAGCACUUAACCAAACCCGUCGAUAAAUCAGAAGCCAUGCAAACAAGUCCUGCUGCCAGAGCGCCGAAAUCAACAUUGAGGAAAAGGUUGUCACUCGGGAUGAUUAUGUCAAAUCUCAACUGUAUUCUAUUCUGAAAUAAAAUUCACAAUAUUUUCAAUACACUCGUAAUUCAGA